AUGGAUGACCUUAAUUCAUCUAGCAGACGAAAAGGCGGCUUCCGAGCUUGCAUUUCUAUUUUCAUUUUGGGAGCACUGGAGAACAUGGGAUUUGUAGCUAACAUGGCGAGCUUGGUUUUAUAUUUUUACUAUAUCAUGCAUUUCGACAUCGCCACUUCAGCAAAUACGCUCACAAACUUCAUGGGUUCAGUUUUCAUGCUCUCUCUUGUUGGAGGCUUCGUUGCUGACACUUACUUGAACCGAUUCUAUACGUGCCUCUUAUUUGGAAUAAUGGAAGUUCUGGGUCUUGGAUUGGUUACAGCUCAAGCUUAUUUUAAGGAUUUGCAGCCUGAAGAUUGUCACAAGUCAACUUGUGUCAAAGGCGGCACGGCAAUUAUCUUCUACGGGUCUCUUUUUCUGUACGCACUUGGUUCAGGUGGAGUUAAGGGAGCUAUUCCCGCACUUGGUGGAGACCAGUUUGAUCAUGAUCAACAAAAAAGAGGGGCACUUUCACGUUAUUAUAAUUGGAACCUUUUAAUUUCAACCUGUGGAUCAAUAGUUGGAGUCACAGCUGUAGUGUGGGUUAGCAUGAACAAGAGUUGGUACAAAAGUUUCUUCAUUUCAACUAUAGCUGCCUUGAUUGGAUUCACUGUUCUUGCCCUCGGGAAGCCUUUCUACCGAAUUCAGCCGCCUGGAAGUAGUGCUUUUGUUAGGAUAGCACAGGUCAUAGUGGUCGCGCUCCAGAAUAGGGACUUAUCUCUGCCAAAAAAUCCUGAUAAACUCUUUGAGAUCGAUGAUGCACUAAGAGAUCCGUCUGAAGAGAGACUUUCACAUUCCAAUCAAUUUAGAUUCCUGGACAAAGCUGCCAUUCUUAGAGAAGGAAUGGAGCCACAGCAAUGGAAAGUUUGCACAGUAACCCAAGUUGAAGAAGUGAAGAUUCUAAUAAGGAUGAUCCCCAUUAUCGCCAGUACGAUUCUAAUGAACACAAGUAUGGCACAGUUACAAACAUUCUCAGUACAACAAGGGGUCACCAUGGAUGCACAUCUUGGCUCCAAAACAAUCCCAACACCAUCAAUCCCAGUGAUUCCUCUAGUUUUCAUGUCUGUCCUUAUUCCUAUCUAUGAAUUUGUAGUAGUCCCAUUCGCUCGAAAGAUCACCGGCCAUCCAUCUGGCAUCACACAGCUUCAACGUGUUGGAGUUGGUCUUGUUCUGUCCAUUCUGUCAAUGACAGUAGCAGGUUUUAUUGAACUAUACAGAAAACACGAGGCUCUCAAGAAUCCGCCACACAAAAUCAGUGUUUUUUGGCUUUCCUUCCAAUAUGGCAUAUUUGGCAUUGCAGAUAUGUUUACAGUUGUUGGACUAGUGGAGUUUUUCUACAAGGAAGCUCCAUGGUUAACAUUGUCUUUGGGCUACUUCUCUAGUACUGUCUUUGUUGGUAUCAUAAACUCAGUCACCAAGAGAAUCACUCCAAGCAAACAUGGAUGGUUACAUGGGAACAAUCUCAACGCCAAUAAUUUGAACCUCUUCUAUUGGUUUUUGGCUAUCCUUAAUGUCAUCAAUUUCGCCUUCUAUCUCUUCUCGGCUUCAUGGUACAAGUACAAGAGUGAUGCUCAAGAAUCAGAGGCCAAAGCAAGGGCAGAGAGAGGACAGAAUGGUGGAAUGAUUCAAGAUAAGUAG